CUCGAUACCAAACUGUACCACCGGAAGUCAACAUACCGCGUAUGGUCGCGCCAUCUGCUUCCUUUUUGAAAUUAACAAGGCAAUCAUGUCGUUGGUGGUGCCAGAAAAGUUUCAGCACAUUUUGCGUGUGAUGAACACGAACAUUGAUGGACAACGCAAAGUCAUGUUUGCCCUUACGGCUAUCAAGGGCUGUGGUCGCCGAUAUGCCAAUGUUGUGUGCAAAAAGGCAGACAUUGACCUGAACAAGCGUGCCGGGGAGCUAAUGGAGGAGGAGGUUGAAAGGAUACUUACUAUCAUGUCCAAUCCAAGACAGUACAAAAUUCCAGACUGGUUCCUCAACAGACAAAAGGAUAUCAAGGAUGGCAAGUACAGUCAGGUAAUGGCCAAUGGUCUUGACAACAAGCUCCGCGAGGAUUUGGAACGUAUGAAGAAGAUUCGUGCUCACCGUGGUCUGCGACACUUCUGGGGGCUGAGAGUGAGGGGCCAGCACACAAAGACUACUGGACGCAGAGGAAGAACUGUUGGUGUGUCGAAGAAGAAGUAAAGUGCUGGUAGACUGUAAUAUAUCAAAUAAAUAUGGUAAACUAAAAA